UGCUCGGAAGAACGGGCAGGGUUCCCACUCCGGGAGGGAAGACGGAGAACAGGUUAUGUGGGAGCCGGCGGGGGCAUUUGCCGGCGACACCCGAGCGGGGGCCGGAAGUGGGGCCGCUGAGCGACGCGCCGCAGGAGCUCCGGGCUAGACCGUGGCGACGGCAGCCGCCCCUGGGCUGGAGGAGGACGAUGAGGAGCGACGGAAGCGACGCGGGGGCACGCUGCUGCGCGGCGCCCGGUUUCGUGCCCGCGGCCGACUGCGCAGUCUGUCCGCGAGUCUGAGAUACAUACAGAAAACUACAAUGGAAAAGUCCUGGAUGCUGUGGAACUUUAUUGAAAGAUGGCUAGUAGCCUUGGCUUCAUGGUCUUGGGCUCUCUGCCGUAUUUCCCUUUUACCUUUAAUAGUGACUUUUCAUCUGUAUGGAGGCAUUAUCUUACUUUUGUUAAUAUUCAUAUCAAUAGCAGGUAUUCUAUAUAAAUUCCAGGAUGUAUUGCUUUAUUUUCCAGAACAGCCAUCCUCUUCUCGUCUUUAUGUUCCCAUGCCCACUGGCAUUCCACAUGAAAACAUUUUCAUCAGAACCAAAGAUGGAAUACGUCUAAAUCUUAUUUUGAUACGAUACACUGGAGACAAUUCACCCUAUUCCCCAACUAUAAUUUAUUUUCAUGGGAAUGCAGGCAACAUAGGUCACAGGUUGCCAAAUGCACUCCUUAUGUUGGUUAACCUCAAAGUUAACCUUUUGCUGGUUGAUUAUCGAGGAUAUGGAAAAAGUGAAGGAGAAGCAAGUGAAGAAGGACUCUACUUAGAUUCUGAAGCUGUGUUAGACUAUGUGAUGACUAGACCUGACCUUGAUAAAACAAAAAUUUUUCUUUUUGGCCGUUCCUUGGGUGGAGCAGUAGCUAUUCAUUUGGCUUCUGAAAAUUCACAUAGGAUUUCAGCCAUUAUGGUGGAGAACACAUUUUUAAGCAUACCACAUAUGGCCAGCACUUUAUUUUCAUUCUUCCCAAUGCGUUACCUUCCUUUAUGGUGCUACAAAAAUAAAUUUUUGUCCUACAGAAAAAUCUCUCAGUGCAGAAUGCCUUCUCUUUUCAUCUCUGGACUCUCAGAUCAAUUAAUUCCACCAGUCAUGAUGAAACAACUUUAUGAACUCUCCCCAUCUCGGACUAAGAGAUUAGCCAUUUUUCCAGAUGGGACUCACAAUGAUACAUGGCAGUGCCAAGGCUAUUUCACUGCACUUGAACAGUUCAUCAAAGAAGUAGUAAAGAGCCAUUCUCCUGAAGAAAUGGCAAAAACUUCAUCUAAUGUAACAAUUAUAUGAUGUUUCCCUUUUUGAUUAUUGCAUUGUAUUUUAAUUUGUGCAGAAUGGUUAAGAAUGUUCCUUUUAGAAGUGUUAUAUCUGUACCUGUCUGAAGAGUGACAUUAAACUUUGAAAGGACUUCAGUGCUCCUUUAUGAUGAUCCAAAUAGUUUUUUACAUUUGAAAAACUAUAAUUCUUGAGAUUAUUUCAUACAUUUUCAUCAAAACUUUCAAUGUGGUUAUUGUAUUCAUAUCUUUAGUUUAAUGUGUCGAUAUAAGAUAUUGUUCAAAAGUUUCUUGUUGCUAAAGUGGUGUAAUCUUACACAGAUUAAUAGCUAGAUGUGGAAGGAGAUAUGUAAACAAGAAACCUUUGGGUAUUAUUUCUUAAGUAAAUAUUGGGACAAUCAUGAUAAGCAAACUUAGUUCUGUAACUGCAUUUUUCACCUUAAAAGUUAAAUGAAAUGCAUGAUGGUAUUUUAUUCCUUGAAUUAUGCAAUGCAACAUUUUAAAUGUAAAUAGCACUGGUCAUAUACCGAUGUAUAUGGUUAUCUGGGUUAUAUCUAUUUUUAUGUAAAUUCUAUUUUGUUUUUGGCAAGAAGUGAAAUUGAGACCUAUGUGCAGGUUGCCAUUGAAUUUUGCUCUGGUCAAUGCUGAGAUCCAGCUUUUUCUUACAAAUAAAUGGGACCCUGUUUUCCUAUGUAAAUGUACCGUGUUUUUGUUAGGUACAGUCUGGAUCAUGGCAUGUAGAAAUAGAAAUUUAGAAUUUUACUGCAGCUUUGAUGUGCAUAUUUGAACUUUUUAACAUUUGUAACUUUGGUGGCAAAGAGAAUUUUAGCUUCUGUUGAUUUUGUAAGUCUACAGCGGAACCACUAAUAGCAGUCAUAGUGAAGAUCACUGCUUAAGAAUUAAAUUAGGAAGUCGUUUAUCAUUGCAGAAUUGUACAUACUACUUUACAAAAAUUCACACAUUUGACUUUAAGUCCCAGUACCUAGCUAUACCUAACCCACCAAAGGCAAGAUAUCAUUUAUUGGACUUCUUGAAAAUAAAAGUUACAAAAUCCAACAAUGUUCCAGUUGCUGUGAAAUAGAACUCCUACAUCAAAAGACAGUUUUAGGAAGUCUUAUUUAUUUGUUUUAAAAGUUUUUACAUGUAGGAAUGUGAGAAUGAAGGAAUUCUGAAGCUUUUUGACAUAGAACCUGUUACCACAUUAAGCAAUUAAAUGACUAUAGGUGGGAAGUAGGAUUUAGAUAUAUAGAAAAGUAACAAAAUCUUACUUAGAAAAAAAAGCCCCUUGAAACUUACAGGAUUUACCUUAAUAAAAAUAUAUGCUAUAAGUCAUAAUUGUGCCAAGUUGUUUAAAGCAGUGCUCAAAAAAUAGAUUCAAUUGAGUUCUGUGUAAUAUGUCAGCUUUAACAUAUAAUAUUUUGAAUAUUUUAGCUAUAUUUAAUGGCUGUCUGCAAGCAACUAGAACAGAGAAAUAAUGGGUCAAUACUCGAUUUAAAAUAAUGGGUCUUGACCUCAAUUUAAAAUUCUUUCCAUGGAGAUAGGGCUAGAAAUACUUUUGCCAAAUAGCAUUCUUAUUCACUUUAUGCCAGUAUUUAGAAAAAAUAAAUUAUAGCAAGUAUGAUUUUUAAGAAUAAUUUUUUCUAUAAAUUAAUUGUAAAAAGUCUUGCUUUUUAAAACAAGUUGGUAAUGCAUAUCAUGGAAGGCGUAUUUUGUAUGUAUAAAUUCACAAAGCCUACUUUUCUUGUCAGUUCUUGCUAUGUAGAAUGACUAUUCUAAAUAUUAAUGUAUUAAAAAGAAAAUACAACAAAAUGUAUAUUUAGACACGAGCUUACAUGGCAUACCUUAUAUUUGUAUCAUUAUUUAAAGUUUACAAAAAAUACCUUAUGUUUCUAUGUGAUCAGUCUAUUACACUAUGGAGAAAUUUAUCGACUUUAGUUCUAAAUAUGCUGAUGAGGUCUAAAAGCUAUUUUUUCAUCCGUACUUUGCUUUUAUGCUGCUUUUUCUUUUUGAUAUUCCAGGUUUAUAAACUAUCUUUUUAAAUUUUAAGCCAGGACUUCAAAAAUUGUAGAGUACUUGUUUGCUAUCCCCUACCUUAAUUCUCUUCUUAGGGUUAAGGAGCCUUUCUUUCUUUCUUUCUUUCUUUCUUUCUUUCUUUCUGCAGCUAAGGGCAGAGGCAGUGCCUAGGGCUGUACGACAUCUGUCUUCACUAGCAUCUGUAUGCGAGAUUGUUUCCUUAGAUGGGUAAGAGGUGGAAAACAAACUUAGUGUCAGGGGUCCAUGAAGCCCAUGGCAUCAUUUUUGAAAAUAAUUUCCAGUUUUGGGGCCAAAGCAAUUGGUCUUAGUAAAAUGAGACUUCUUCAGGAGUCACUCCUUCACCUUGGACCCAUUGCUUAGUGGGAAUGGAAGUAUAUGUAUCCAUCUUGUAUGUUAAUUUCUGACUCAUUUAUACAAGAGCAGCUAUAGGAGUUUACAAAUGAACUUUAAGUUACUGUAAAUUUGGGGAUCCUAGAGUGAUCUUAAAUAUGGCAAGAUACAGCUCAUUUAGAAUAAAAUCCCAUAUCCAUUAUGGGGAGAAAAACUGGUGAAAAAUAAGUAUAAAAAGGACCCUAAAAAGCAUACUGCAAAAUAAGAGAAGAAAUAAUUUGUGACAGGUAAUAGGAUACUAGUAGGGUAGUAACAACUAGAAAGGAAAGUGUGACACAGUUCUUAAAUUUAGAUAUAGAAAAUAAUUAGAUGAGAUUGAUGAAACAGAAAUAGUGCAAAACAUUUGAAUGUAAAGCAUUUCUAAUAAGUGACUGGGACACUUGACAUUGCAACUACCCUAUGUUUUUGCAGUUAUAUUUUUGACUGUAAAAUUGAUAUUUUCAUAAAAAUGGUGUUCUGAAUUUAUGAUUACCUGUAGACACUUGAUAAUUACAUAGAUUACAGCUUUGGUAAUAUGUCACUGGAGUAAUUAUGUUGUAAUACCUGUUGAGAAUUCAUACCAUCUGAUGCUUACAUAUUCAUUUCUUAUGUUUGUAAGAUUUGGCUUGGUGGGAAUAGGUUUGGGGAAAUUAAAAGAAUGAAGGCCAUAUAUUUAGUGUUUUAUAAAUUAUCUUUCAAGCUCAGAUAGCUUAAGAGUAGUUUAUAUUAAUUAAGGAGACCCUUUUCUCCUUGAGGAUAGGGAUAGGUAAGAUAAACUUGUAAAGAAUGUCACAGAAGUCACUUUUUAAUUUACGUCAUGAUUGAGAUACUGAAAUCUUCCAGUGAUCCUUCACCUCUCCCUUUUUCAUAUUAUGUUUGAUAAUUAUAUAUAUUUUUAAAAGCUGUGAGAGGAAAAAUUAGUCAUAAGUAGCCCUUUUGGAUUAUCCACUUAAAUUUAUGUAUUUUCAUAUUACUCAGGUAAAGAUGGAAAUGACAGAGCACAGACAUUUAUUUUUUAAACUGAUAGGGUAGAAAAUGAAAUGUACUUCUGUUUAUUCUUAAUACCAUAUAUAUAUAUAUAUAUACAUCGUUUUAGCAAAUUGGAAAUAAUAUAUUCAUUUGUAUGGCAAGAUAAAUGCAGUCAUCUUACUACUAGUCUACACAUUUUUGCCAAAUGGCGCAAAUAUACCUCCAUUUAUAUUUUGUAUCUUAAAAUGUAGUUUAAAAAUAGGACUAUGUAUGAGACACUUUUUUACAAAAAGUGCCAUAUAUACAUAUGUAACAGGUGAGUGUGUGUUUAACAUAAUUUAUAACAAUUUCUGUCAGUACAGCGUAUAUGGAAAAGUCAAGUUGUUUUUAACAUAUUCAAGUAUGUUCAGUAUAAAAUAAGUUAAUCCCAUUUCAUAAUGUAAAUCAUAUUUUUGUUAUUUGCCAUAUUUUAUUUGAAGUAGUGAUAAAAUUUUAUAACUCAAAUUUGAAUGUCAUAGUACAUUGUGUGCUAACCAUGGCAAGCAAACAUUUACAUUUGUUUUUUACAAUAAAUUUCUUUUAAAGUAUACUUUCUAUUUUUCUGUACUGACAUAUGCAAUAAAUUGGUACAUUAAAAAUUUGAUUAAUGUCUUAAGAUAGUUUGCAUUCAGUCUUUUUUUAAAUAUUGUUAAUCUAAAAUUUUAUAGUAGGACAUUAAAGUUGUCUCAGUGGUUAUGUAAAAUUCCUGAAUUUGCACUGAAAUUAAUGAAUUUUAUUCUAGUAAUGGUGUUAAUAAAAAAUUGAAGUUAGAUUUAUAUUUCCUUCCCUGAAGAGUAUUAUCCUCUUAUAUACAUUUAAUUUAGGCUAAUAUUAAAACUACAUGAACCACUAGUGAAUGACAAGUCCCUAAUGCAUUUCUUUAGUUAAUUGAAUCUAGGAAUGAAUACAUUUUAACUUCAUAAUUAUGUUGCUUUCAGAUUUCAUAAAGUGCUUUUUUAAAAUGUUCUGCUUUUUUUCCGACUCUUGUUAGUAUUUCAGUUAAUGGUUUUUAAUGAUCAAAAAAUGACCUGAUACUAACUCAUCCUUGCUUUUCCUAAUAAGAAAUGUGCAUGCUUGAAUAUGUCAGAAUAAGUUGGAUAAUAGGAAGUGUAUGCUGAAUCUUAAAUGGUCCCCUCUAAGGGAAGAUGAAGAAUUCACUUAUUAGAGCCCAUCUUUGCAUGGGUAGCUAAUGGGGGGAACUAGGGUCUCUCAUGUGCUACUUGUACAUCAGAAAGAUCGCCAACUUGAAUCCCAUGGUGAAGUCAUUUUUAGAUUGUUAUUUCUUAAUUUUGAAAGAUAAGUGUUUUCACAUUCCCAUUUCACUCUCCAACUCUUUCCUUACAUUCUGUUACAUACUAAAAAAGCAUGAACGAUUAGAUUUGGCUAGAAACUGUAACUCCUAUCUUAGUAAGGGGAAAAGACAUUUUUGGAGUAUCUUCAAAUAUAAGGCCUAGGUGUUUAAUGUGUUGAUGUUAUUGAAUCCUCACAACAAACCUUAGAGCAAUUUGUAGUCCCAUUUUAUAAAAAACAGUCUCAGAGUGGUUCAGUAACAUGCCCAAGGUUACCUAGAGUGAACCAAGAUGUCAAUCCAGGUCUCUCAUUCUAAAUCGAGGACAGCUAUUCAUUUGCUAAUUUACUCAAACAAUUUGAAAAUUUUGUUCAUGUUGGAAUAGAUUUGAAAUGUUGAAAUGGUUUACAAGUUGAUCAGCUAUUCAGGAAUCCAAAAGAAUUCGCUAUGAAUUGAAAGAAGUAUACAGUAAACUACAUGUUUUCAAAGUCAUUAGAUGUAUGUUUCUGUAGGAAAAUCCAAAUGUUAAUCUCAUAAGAGUUACCCUCUCAAAAAAUCUUGGAGUCAUCUUUUUAUUCCUGAUACUUUUGAAACACUUCUUGCUGUUUUUUCCAUUAAGAUUUAUUUUUCCAACAUUUCCACUACUACCAUACCACUUCCUGAAAUUAUUUCAUAGUAGUCAACAUUUUUUUAUUGGGUAUGUUUUGUGUUUAAAAUAUUGUUCUGACUCCCUUUUGUCAUUUAUUCUUAAUAACUGAAUAUGAACUAGAUCACUGCCCCAUUCUUUCUAACAGAAAAACUCUGUAUCAUUCUCUAUCCAGUUCAGUGGCUGCCUUUCUCAGUAGAUCAAAGUCAGAGUUCCCAUUCUAUAGGGUCUUUUACAAACUAAACCUUGUAAAAGAUAUCUGUUCUUUCUCUUUCUUGAUUCAAACUUACUCCUCUUCUGUGCAUUUAUUCAUAUCUGGUGCUUUAGCUUCUAGAUCCAGUGCCUCCCUCCCACCUCUCUAGGCCCCUGAGUCUGUGACCAAAUUCAUGGUGGCUCUUUACCAAUAGUUUUUUGGUUUUUUUUUUUUUUCUUCUCUUUUUCUGAACACCCUUUGCAC